AAGAUGGAACGAGAUGGAUUUUGGCCGAUAUUCUGCAAAUUUUCUCACCGAUUACACAUUUGAUCUCAAUAUAGUUUUCUGUUUCCAAAACUAAAAUAUGUCACGAACAAAGUGGACUACUUUAUGUAGACUUUAGUCUUUGUCAAAGUUACGGGGGGAAAAAUGCAUUGUUUAGGAGUGCAAAGGCGAAUUAUUACACACGCGCACUCCACACAGUAGGCGUUCCCUAAUGGAAAUAUGCAAAUGUUGGUUAGAACGCGCCAAUAGGAUCUCGCUAGCUCGGGCUUGGCUCUGUCCACUAUGACUCAUUCGUUCCCGUUUGAAACGACGGCCUGUGGUCUAUCUUGGUUCUCGUCUACAGAUCUUUGUUCGUAUUCAAUAGGGCUGUUGUGUGUUGGUGAGGAGAGAUUGCAGCUGGCCCUGGGAAAUAUUCAGUGUGGAAAGAAGAAAUAAUACAGGAACAAAACAAAUAGUUUUACUAAGAGUGCCGUGUUUAUAUGUGAGGAAUUUGGUGAGAGCAUUCAACGUAUCGCAAUAAGCUGCAUAAUUUACCGCGGAUCCCAAGGAUCCAUCAUGAUGAAACGGCUCAGGUCUACAAGCAGCAGUGACAGUUCUGACAAUGAGAGUCCUUCCACCUCCUUCUGCUCCUCUAACAAGUAUGGAAGUAAACCUGGAACCCCUGCCUCCGUGCCCAAGAAACCAGCAGAGGUGUUCAGGAAAGACCUGAUCAGUGCCAUGAAGCUGCCAGACUCUCACCAUGUCUCCCCUGAAGACUAUUACCUGCUGGGGGACACCUGGAGACAGGAGUGGGAGAAGGGGGUGCAGGUGCCGGCCUUCCCUGAAACCAUCCCACACGCCUCUAUCAGGAACAUAGAGGAGAAGCCCAAGGAGGUGUUGUUCACCCUACAGAAGAGGUAUAUCCAGUGUUGGAGCCAGGCCUCUACAGAGACGGGUUACGUUAACAUCAAGGAGCUGGCUGAGGCCAUGUGCUCUUAUGACCUGGAUAACAUGGACCUCUACUGGCUGCAGGCACUCAACGCUGAGCUGGAACACAUGGGGGAGGGGCCUGUGGACGAGUUGACGCUGGAGCGCACCAUGGAGGCGUUGGAGCGUCAGUGCCAUGACAACAUGAACCACGCCAUCGACACGGUAGAAGGGCUGGGCAUCGAGUACGACGAGGAUGUCAUCUGUGACGUGUGUCGCUCCCCCGACAGCGAGGAGGGCAACGACAUGGUCUUCUGUGACAAAUGUAACAUCUGUGUUCAUCAGGCGUGUUAUGGUAUAGUGAAGGUGCCAGAUGGUAACUGGCUGUGCAGGACGUGUGUCCUGGGCAUCGACCCCCAGUGUCAGCUGUGCCCCAUCAAGGGAGGGGCGAUGAAGGCUACGAGGGCGGGCACCAAGUGGGCACACGUCAGCUGUGCUCUGUGGAUCCCUGAGGUGAGCAUCGCGUGUCCAGAGAGGAUGGAGCCCAUCACCAAGGUGUCUCACAUCCCCCCCUCCCGCUGGUCUCUCAUCUGCAGCCUCUGUAAACUGAAGACUGGAGCCUGUAUACAGUGCUCAGUGAAGAACUGCACCAUCCCGUUCCAUGUGACGUGUGCCUUCGAGCACAGCCUGGAGAUGAAGACUGUCCUGGAUGAAGGAGAUGAGGUGAAGUUCAGGUCCUACUGCCUGAAGCACAGUAAGCCCAAGAACCAGGCCUCCUCCGACCCACCAGCCCCCGGCCUCAGCCCCGGUCAACCAGCCCACAGCAAGCAGUCCAAGGCAGGGGAGCCAGGCUCCGGUCUCAGUCCGGCCCGGCCCAAACCCCCCGUAGACCCAGAGAGGGGGGGCCUGAGGGCCCAGAGGUUGCUAGAACUAGAGGAGGAGUUUUCUACUCUGAUUCACCCUGAGGAGCUGGCCCUGAACCUGGGCCUUCCUCCCAGCCUGCUGGACUUCAUCUACCAAUACUGGAAACUGAAGAGGAAGAGCAACUUCAACCGUGCUCUGCUGCCCCCUAGUGAGGAGGAGGGUAACCUGCUGCUGUUGCCUCAUGAAGACAGCAUCCACACACGGAUGAGGAUGUUCAUGCACCUCCGACAGGACUUAGAGAGGGUGAGGAACCUGUGUUACAUGGUGAGUCGGAGGGAGAAGCUGAAACUGUCUCAGAGCAAGGCCCAGGAGCAGAUCUUCAACCUCCACGUCAAACUGCUCAGCCAGGAGAUCUCCGCUGGUCUGCCGGUGGACAGCAUGUUGUUCCGGCCUCCUCCCAGAAUCACCCUGACGCUGAAGAUGCCCAAAGUGUCGCUGGGUAACGGGAAGACCGGCUCCAAGUCAGUCAACGGCCCCCUGUGUCCAGAUAACAGUGGAAACGUUCACCGACGGAGUGGGGGAGGGAAGGGGCUGGGGAAGGGGAAGCCUCAGCUCCAUGGGCGAGGCAAGAGAGAGGAGUGCUCCAAUGGCAGCCUGCUGUCUGCUUCAGGUCAGUCACGUAGGGAGGGGAGUAAUGCCACUGGACCAACACUGACUAACCGUUCUGCCAGGGGCUCAGCCCUGACCAUUAAACAGACUGGCAAGCCUCUAAUGGGUAAACCGUUGACGCUCCACCCUGCCUUACAUGGCCACCCUUCCAAUGGAAACGGCAAACUGGACCAAGAGCGGACAGGCCCCGUCCCUAGACCCAACGGCGUAAUGGAGAAGACGGUGGGCGUGGCCCAGAAGGACAGCUCUUGUCAGACCCCCAGCGAACAGGAAACCAGCGAGGGUUCAGGGGUCAAGGCCAGCCAAUCAGUCAGCUUCAGUGAUUCCACCAUGGAGCACUUCAGCCGGUCGUUCAAGGAGGCGACGGUCAGCUUGGUGCGGACCACUGAGGACCUGCGGGGGGACAAGGUGUCCCAGGGGGGUAAAGGCUCCAGAUCAGCCCAGGACCGACCCUGGGCCAAACCAGUUCCCGGAGUCCCGCAGGGACUCGGUGGUACCAGAUCAGCCAAGGACCGACCCUGGGCCAAACCAGUUCCCGGAGUCCCGCAGGGAUUCGGUGGUACCAGAUCACCACCCUACAAGGAGACGGAUGGAUACUGCCCUGACCUGGAACUCAGUGACUCAGAGCCAGAGGCUAAAGGUCAGAGGUUGAGGCAGGGUAGGGUAAAGCAGAGCCUGGGGGGGUCCAGUAGGACCUCAGUACAGAGGUGA